AUGAAAAUUUUAUUGAUUGGUGGUUAUGGGACAUUUGGUAGUCGGUUGUGUCAGUUAUUGUCCAAUAAAUCUCAAUUGACAUUAUUAAUCGCAGGUCGAUCAUUGAAAAAUGCGGAAAAAUUUUGUCGAGAUCAAACUAAUAGCUUAGCAAAACUAAUUCCGUUCUACUUCGAUCGAAAUCAGUUGGAUGUCGAAACUCGUUUACGAUCAAUUCAACCCAAUUUAGUCAUCGAUACAGCCGGUCCGUUUCAAUCCUACGGCAAUGAUCCAUAUCGAAUUGUUAAAGCAUGUUUGGCAACGUCGACCAAUUAUCUCGACCUUGCAGAUAGUUCACAGUUCGUUCGAGAUAUUAAACAAUUCGACGAACAAGCAAAAUCGAAAAACAUCUAUGUACUAUCUGGCGUUAGCACUGUGCCACUCUUAACAGCUGUAGUUGCUCGACAUUUAGCCAAAGGACUAUUCAAAGUACACUCUAUCAAAGGCGGAAUCGCACCAUCACCACAUAUUAAUAUUGGUUUGAAUGUGAUACAGGCAAUAACAGGUUAUGCAGGUCAGAGAAUACCUGUAGUACGUCAGGGACAAUUAACAUCAAGUUAUGGACUAACAGAAACAAUGCACUACACAAUAAGUCCGCCAGGUUAUUUACCUAUUCGUAAUCGUCGUUUUGCUUUGGUUGACGUACCUGACUAUUAUAUUUUACGAGAUGUAUGGCCAGACAUUGAUUCAAUAUGGAUUGGUGCAAGUACUGAACCAGAAAUCUUACAUCGACUAUUAACUAGUCUAGCUUGGUUGGUACGAUGGCGAUUAAUUUCUAGUUUACAACCACUAGCACCGGCUUUCCAUCGUGCAAUACAAAUCGUUCGUUGGGGCGAACAUCGUGGUGGUAUGUUUGUAUCUAUUGAAGGUGUUGAUCGACAAGGUCAAAAACAUGAACGAUCUUGGCAUUUGAUUGCCGACGAUGACAGAGGCCCUUUUAUUCCUGUCAUGGGCAUUGGUGUUCUGAUCAGUCAAACGCUAGAUGGACGAAAACUGAAAAGUGGUGCGCGAGCCGCUGUUCCAGAUCUCGAUCUGGAAGAUUACGAAAAUUUAUUUCGACACUAUCACAUUAUCACCGGACAACGUACAUCAACAAAUUUCGAUAGCGUAUCUAUGACAUUAUAUCAAAAACUCCUUGAUCAAGCAUGGUACGAAUUACCUGAAUCGAUACGAAAAAUGCAUUCCUUCAAAUCUACUACUAAAGUCGCGGGAAUAGCAAAAGUAGAUCGUGGUACUAGUAUGAUGUCGAGACUGAUCGCCAUGAUAGUCGGAUUUCCUGACGCCGGGCAGGACAUACCAGUUGAAGUUGUAUUUCGGCCUGACUCCUCUGGAGAGUUAUGGACACGAACGUUUGCUGGAAAGUCUUUCUCGAGUUGGCAAGCAGUAGGUCAUAGUCGGUCCGACAAAUUACUAGAUGAACGAUUCGGCCCGUUUACAUUUGGUUUAGCACUAGUCAUUCAACCAAAGCAAUUACAUCUAGUUGUUCGAAAUUGGAGCUUUCUCGGUAUUCCAUUGCCUUCCAUUUUAGCACCGAACGGUGAUUCGUACGAAUACGACGAUAACGGUCAAUUUUAUUUUCAUGUAGAAAUUAAACAUAAAUUCACUGGCUUAAUCGUUCGAUAUCAUGGAUGGUUAAAACCUGUCGAUGGAAACUAG